UUAUGCUGGGCAUUUAACAAGUGACCCUUCUAAUCAGUCCUUGAUCUUUUCGGUGGUGAUAACGGCAUAUCAUGUUGUAAAUUAAUAAAAACGUGCGUUGUAACGGACUGUUAUUCUUGUUUAACCAAAUUUUUAAAAUUUGUGUCAACAAAAGAAAUGCAUAAAAUUCAACAUGUUCCAAGAAUUGAUAAACCAGAAAAAGAAUCAAUUCACUCAGGUCAGUUUAUGGUAUCACAUUUUGAAGCAGAAGAACAAGAUGAUGAAGACAAUGUUGCAGUUCCUAUACCUGAAGUUACUGGGGACUUAAAGUCAGAGGAACCAGUUAAAAAAAAUUUGGGGAUGUUGGAAUAUGUAAAAAUCCAGUGUAAUCAGCAACUGGGUAUUGACAACAGCUUAUCAAAGCUCUUUCAAUGCAUGUCAUUAGCAUACAGGCAAAAGCUCACAUCGCCUAAAUGGAAUCGUUUUAGAGGCAUAAGACUGAGAUGGAAAGAUAAAAUACGACUGAAUAAUGUAAUAUGGAGGUGCUGGCAUCUACAAUUUAUAAGAAAAGAAAACACAUUAAUUUGCCAAUUUGCUUCCCCACUGGAUGUUGAUACACACAAUAAACCGGAGGCGGUGGUAUUAGAAGGCAAAUACUGGAAGCGAAAAUUGGCCGCUGUUACCGCCGAAUACAAAAAAUGGCGAAUGUUCUAUCGGAACCACGCGCUAGGCCAUGCCGCCAAAGACACUUCAGAUAUGCUGGACAUGGACCUGUUGGUUUGGGAUUCCAACAGCUCGGAUAACAUGAUGAUGGUAGAUGAGGACUACAUGGGUCUCAUGAGCGAUACACUUUUCACAACAAUCACAAAUCAGCCGUUUGUGUUUCCGGAUUCAAGGGAGAUUGCCAAAGCCGGUUUAGCAGACUUUAUUCAACCUAGUUUGGGGCCAUUACAACCUAAUUUGGAUGACUAUAUGGACACAAUGGAUCCAUUUCAAGAGUUUUUAAACCAUAGACUGCCUCCAGUGCCCGAAGAACAAAACGAUUCAUAUUUCAAACCACAUAGUUGGACAUAUCUAGAAGAUCAAUCAUCUGUAAACACAAUACCCCAACCGGAAAUGGUGCAAUACCAGCAACGAAUCUCAAUCAAUAAGCAGUCGACGAUUGCGAUCGAAGACUCGCAGCAAUCUAUACAACAGACAAAUUUUGGUAACAUGUUGAUGCAACCAACUGUCGAACAGUAUGUGGUCCAUGCCACGCAACAGCAGCAACAAGAGCGGCAGCAACAACAACCGCCAUCGUACCAUUCGACAGUGAUCUCGAAAAGCUCAAAGCCGAUCAAACCUUCGACGACGAGGAGUAAACUGGACCAGCAGCACAAUUUGUACAAACCUGUCGAUGCCAUGUAUCAAACCUAUCAGUCGCAAACAGUUCUUAUUAACGAUCAAAUACCCCUUCAAAAUGAUGUUACACAACAGCAGCAGCAGCAAACGCCCGCAGCUGUACAAGAACAACUCUACCACAAAAUUACAAGCCAAGAGGCUGCCGUGAGGCAACAACAGCAGCAGCAGCCUUUAUCACCCCAGGACAUGCAGCAGCAGCAGUUCAAGAUGCCGCAGAGCAGUUCAAACGCGCGAAAGACUAGUCAGGGCUACAAGUUUCCCCCGCCUACCUCGAAUCCCAACAUUAAGUUCACGACACAGGUACAGCAGCAUUUGCACCAUGGCGGCUACCCGCCACCGCACUCUCAAUAUUCUGCUUCUCCUUCGUCUUCCAACACUUCCGCUACUUCUUCUUCGCCUCAUCAGAUAGUACCAAAACAAGAAAAGCCAGAACCUAGGCGUCGUGGUGCCCCUAGAGGCCGCCAGAGAUCCAGAUCCAACACAAGGGAACCAAAUAAAAGACCACCACUCAUAUCAGCUGUUAGUGAUCCUCAAUUACUAAACCCAACCAAUAGUUUACUUCUAACACAGUUACUUGCAAGUCGAGAUUCUCCAACCCAAGUGUACAACAGAAGUCAAAGCACAGUGUUGGAAGUUUCAACACAGGUAAGAAUAAAAGAAGAAAAAUCAGGACCGACACCAAUUCUUCCCUCGCCACCAUCAAACACACUCAUCAUUGGCACUGUGAGCAUGGGUCAAGUGCCUCCAUCAUUAGUGGAUCCACUUAGCUUAAAUACGUUUAGCAACUCAAACAGUCCAAUAAUGGAUGUGUCGUCUCAACCUCUAAAUUCGCCGACCUCAUCACAGGGCUCAAUCGGUUCUCCGAACAGGGAUUCGCAUCGAGACAGAAGGGCAGGGCACAUACACGCCGAACAAAAACGACGGUACAACAUAAAGAACGGCUUUGACAUGAUACACUCCCUUAUACCACAUCUUAACCAAAACCCUAAUCCUAAGUUAAGCAAAGCUGCCAUGCUACAAAAGGGUGCAGAAUAUUUAAGGCUACUAAGAUCUGAAAGAAAUCAAUUGAAGGAAGAAAUGGACAUGCUAAGGCAGCAGAUUGAAUCAUUAAAUUCGUCCAUAAGUAAUUGUCAGUCAAUGUUACCUGCAACUGGAGCACCUGUGUCGAGAAGGAGGGACAGUAAAAUGCAAGAAAUGUUUGAUGAACAUGUUAGAACAAGAACAAUGGAAAAUUGGAAGUAUUGGAUUUUUAAUUUAAUUUUUAGACCAUUGCUAAAUUCUUUUAACAAUAUUGUGACGACAUCCAGUCUAGAUGAUUUAUAUAGAUCAACAAUGAUAUGGGUUGAACAACAUUGUACCCUAGUGGAUCUCAGACCAGUUGUCUUAAACUCCUUAACAAAUCUUUGCACAAUAACGGAAGUUUUAUCAGACCCAGAAAAGUUACCUGAAGAAGCUAGACAAAUGUCACAGAAAAGCAAACAAAACAAUCAGUAGAAGUAGAAUAUUAAUUGCUCAGUAACCAUUUUUAUAAUAUUAAGGAUAAAAAGUGAUACCAAGUGCAAAUCUAUUUUUGUAAAAAAACAUUUUUACUAAACAUUGUACAUAGAAAUAAUUAUAGAAUGUUUCUUGCCAA